AUGAAGGCGAUGAGGUUUAUCUUCAUCUUCACACUCUGUACGACUGGUUUGCCACUCGCAAGUUAUGGCCAUACAUCGGACGUUAGUGAUCCCGCGCUCGCGACACGUAGAACGCACGAAUCCAAGAACCACAUCGGCUUUCGGCAGGCAAAUUCUCUGGCUUUCGAUGAAGUGUCGCAUGAAGAGAAUGCAGAACGUUUCGCUGACAUAUUCAGAACAUCCAUUACCAAGCUUGUUGGUGGUCUCCGCCGUUUUGUUGCUCGACGACGGAGAACCAAAAUUAAGACGUUCGAUGGGGCUAUUCCGCCUUCAGCUGAGGUCAAGACGAUUGAAGAUGUUCACGUGGCCCCGGCAGCUACAGUUGAUCACAUCAAUAGCCCUCCUGUGUUAAGCGAUCUCGAGGAGCUCACGAUUCCGGUUGGACUACAGGACGACCUUAGAAUUAUUGCUUAUUAUGCUGGCAAGGCGGAGGUUCCGGAUGAGCUGAACGACCAGAUUAAAGCAAAAGCACGACAGCUUGUUCUAAGUCUUCCCAUACAUAGAGAUCCCAGCCAGACUGAUGCUGAGCGCGUCAAGAUAUACCUCCACCUACGAUCUCUCUUGGAUGCACAUGAUCUUGCACUCAUGCUGGGCUAUGCCAAGCAUUCUCAUGACUCGAAAGCCCUGUUCAACGCAGGAACGAUCCAAGUAAUGCAGUCUGCUCACUUUUACCACUCUGAGGUAAAACCUGACGAGUACAUGCGGCUUCUCACUAAUAAAUUUGGUGUCAAUGAAUUCGUGAGAGAUUCGUAUAAGACGUACAAAACACUAUAUAUGGAGUGGGAACAAUCUAUUUUCAUGAAGCGUAGCAUUCCUGCGGCCGAGUUAUUUAAUAACCAACCAAUACGAUAG